GCCAGUGCCUUGAACAAAGUCCCUCAACUUGGUUUAUCCAGGAUCAGUUGGAAUGGAACACAAGCAGAAAGAUCUCUCUACUUCAGAGGUGCAGAAAGUACUGGAGAGAGGACAAUGGACGAACAAGAGGGAAUUCAUCCUGGCUGUGGCAGGAGAAAUUAUCGGGUUGGGCAACGUCUGGAGGUUCCCUUACCUCUGUUACAAAAAUGGAGGAGGAACUUUCCUUAUCCCUUAUGCCUUGUUCCUGGUGACCUGUGGUAUUCCUUUGUUCCUUCUGGAGACAGCCCUGGGGCAGUACACCAGCCAGGGAGGCAUCACCUGCUGGAGGAAGGUCUGCCCCUUGUUUGAAGGCAUUGGCUAUGCAAGUUUGGUAAUCAAUGGCUACUGCUGCAUCUGCUACAUUAUCAUUCAGGCCUGGGCACUUUUCUAUUUGCUUCACUGCUUCAACCAGGUGCUUCCAUGGGCCAGCUGCAACAACACGUGGAACACAGAGAGGUGUGUGCAGUUUGAGACACUGAGCAAUAUUUCAAACCUGAAAGCGCCCGAAAAUGCAACAUCUCCCUCCACUGAAUUCUGGGAGAGAAAGGUGCUGAAAGUCUCAAGAGGGAUUGAAGAGCUUGGCAGUCUUCAGUGGGAGAUGGCCCUCUGUCUCCUGUUCAUCUGGGUCAUAUGCUAUUUUUGUGUUUGGAAAGGAGUUAAGUCCACGGGAAAGGCAGUUUACUUCACAGCCACUUUUCCUUAUUUGAUGCUAACUGUUCUGCUUAUCCGUGGCCUCACGCUACCCGGAGCGGCUGAAGGGAUCAGCUUCUACCUCUAUCCUGUCCCAGAAAGACUCGCAGACUCACAGGUUUGGAUGGAUGCUGGCACACAAAUCUUUUUCUCUUACAGCGUUUGUAUGGGACGACUGACAACCUUGGGAAGCUACAACAAGUAUAACAACAACUGCUACAAAGAUUCCCUGUAUCUGUGCCUCCUGAACAGUUCCACCAGCUUUGUGGCUGGGUUUGCCAUCUUUUCUGUGCUGGGAUUCAUGGCAUAUGAGCAGGGCCUACACAUCAGUAAGGUGGCAGAAUCAGGUCCAGGACUAGCAUUCAUUGCAUACCCCCGGGCAGUAGCCAUGAUGCCUCUCCCCCAGCUUUGGGCUUGCUGCUUUUUUCUGAUGGUCAUCCUCUUGGGGCUGGACACAACUUUUGUGGGUUUAGAGAGCCUAAUCACUGCUGUAGUAGACCUGUACCCUGCAACCUUACGGAAAGGACAGAGACGGAAAAUCUUCUUGCUCCUUGUGUGUUCUUCCUGUUAUCUCAUUGGUCUGCUCAUGGUCACAGAGGGAGGGAUCUACAUAUUCCAGCUUUUAGACUACUAUGCUGGCAGUGGAAUUUGUCUCCUGUUCCUUGCAAUUUUUGAAUCAGUCUGCAUCAGUAGAAUGUAUUCGGCUGACCUUUUAUUUGAGAACAUCAAGGACAUGAUUGGCUAUCGACCUUGGGCUCCCUUCAAAUACUGCUGGACAAUUGUCACCCCAACAGUUUGCAUUGGUACCUUCAUCUUUUUCGUGGUUAAGUACACUCCUCUGAAGUUCAACAAGGUUUAUGUGUACCCAUCAUGGGCUUACGUCCUGGGCUGGCUUCUUACUUUGUCCUCCACUUGCAUGGUCCCACUGUGGAUUGCUUACAAGCUGAUGAGGACUAAAGGACCCUUUCUUCAGCGCCUUCAGCUGCUUGCUCGCCCUGCUGAUGAUCUUCCUCUUAACAGAAAGAGGGAAGAAUACUUUGCCUUGAAUUUAGGACCCCAUCAUGCCUCUACUUCAAGAGAAGAAAAUGAAACCUUGUGACUUUGAAUUUAGGGUGACAGAAGCUUUAUCGUAUCUGCUGUUUAAAGUUAUACCCCUCAAUGCUCUAUAAUAAAAUAUUAAAGGCUCACAUAAAAGAUAAAACAUAAA